AUGGUUGGGGCAGCAUUUUUGAAAGGAAUCAAAUCUUCAGGAAAGGUUGUUUAUUUCACUGCAAUUAUCCCGUAUGUGGUUGUGACGAUACUCCUGAUCCGAGGGGUUACCCUGGAGGGAGCCUCUAAAGGAAUUGAAUUCUACAUCGGAAGCCAUUCAGACUUCUCCAAACUGGCUGAUGCUCAGGUCUGGAAAGAUGCUGCAACACAAAUUUUCUACUCGACAUCAGUGGGUUGGGGCAGUUUAAUCACAUUGUCAUCCUACAACAAAUUCCACAACAACUGUUACCAAGAUACCAUCAUUGUCUGUGUUGUUAAUUGUGCUACGAGUGUGUUUGCGGGAUUUAUCAUCUUCUCCACUCUUGGACACAUGGCUCAUGUGCAAAACAAGCCCGUUUCAGAGGUUGCACGGUCAGCUGCAGAAGAGGCGUCCGCAAGCGACCCGGGGGGCUUACUUUCGGUGGCGAGCCUCGUGGGAGUAAUAUCCAAACUUCAUGCAAAGAUUGACGCUUUUAUAGAAGAAUCCUGA